AAACAUGUCGUCCAGCUGCUGCGGUACAAAGAAACAAAAGCUUAACGGUAACUACGCCUCUGCCAACGGAUACUGUUCGUCCACCAACAACAUGGGCGGAAGGGUAACCAACGGUGUCGCGGAAGGUUCGCAGAACAAUCACAGCUACUACGGCCGCGGCUCGGGGAGUAACGCUGGUCAACAGCAACACCAACAACCACAGCAGCAUCAACAGUCAUCCUCCUCCUCAUCGUCGUCGUCGUCCUCGUCUUCGACGGCGGGCUACAAUGGCUAUCUCAUGAACGGCCACGGCAACCAUCUGUCUCAGGGUGGGCAACCUUCGAUGAUCGGGUCGAUGCCGGAGAUGUGCUUCUACUGCUUUGAGGUGCUGUACCGCGAGCUGCACAACUUAGAGGAACCACGCACACCAUGCUUUACCAACGAUCCAUAUCCACUGUUUGUGACCUGGAAAAUUGGCAAGGAUAAACGGCUGCGGGGCUGUAUCGGUACCUUUAGCGCAAUGCGUUUACAUUCAGGACUUCGAGAGUAUGCAAUAACAAGUGCUUUAAGAGACUCCCGUUUCUCGCCAAUCACCCGUGAUGAGAUCCAAAGACUGACCGUCUCGGUGUCAAUCCUGCAAGGCUUCGAGGAGGCACGUGGUUACCUGGACUGGACGCUCGGCAUACACGGCAUCCGGAUUGAGUUCUACAACGAGCGUGGCUCCAAACGCACCGCGACCUACUUGCCACAGGUUGCUACGGAGCAAGGCUGGGACCAAACGCAGACGAUCGAUUCGCUGCUCCGGAAGGGCGGGUACCGUGCCCAGAUCACACCGGAGACGCGCCGCUCGAUCAAACUAACCCGCUACACCUCACAGGAGUGUCAAAUGUCAUACAACGAGUAUCGCGAUCUGCUCGAGAAACAAUCUCACUACCACGGCCAGCUGUGUAAGAUGCAAUGCUAACAUCAUCAUCGCCCCGAUCG